CUAGGAAGGCUCAGGGCAGGGACUGCAAUCCUAAGGAGCACCUGGGCCAGAAGGACUGACUUCUGAGGAUGGUCCGCUGAGCCGCCGCCGCCUCCUCCCCGACCGCCCUUCCCCGGGAGAGAGUGCCUCGCGUCUACCCGGCGGGUCUCCGGAGACACGCGCCGCUGCGCUCUCCCCCGCCCGCUCCGGGGUGCCAGGGGGCUCCGGGAGGAGGCUGAGCCGUCCCGCCCCCGCUCUUGCCUCGCCGAUAUAAGGAGCCGCCGAUGGUGCCACCUGCCCAGCCCGAGCCCAAGAAGCCGUCGCCGACCACACCACACCAUGCUGGGACCCCGGACUUUGGCGCUGCUCUUCCUCGCCCUGGCCGCGCUGCUCAGCCUGCCCGCCGAGGCGUGGUACAAGCAGACGGCCGGCCCCAGCUACUACUCGGUGGGGAGAGCCUCGGGGCUGCUGUCCGGCAUCCGCCGCUCGCCCUACAUCCGCCGCUCCGACGACGGCGACAGCAGCAGCAGCAGCAGCGCGGAGAGCGGCCCCGCCGCUGCCGUUGCCUCCUUCUUGAUGUCCGAGUCGCGUCAAAGCCCCGGGGGUCUGCGCAAUCUGGCGGUGUGUGUGAAAGAAAUAGCCCCGGAGCUUCAGAGCUGUCAGCUGCUGCCCGGCCUGCCCAGCGUCAUCCAGUGCAAGGCCGAUGUCACCGUCUCUCUGGACCCCGCUGACUGCACCAGCCCGUGAGCCCCGACGGGGCGGCCUUCCCUGUAGCCCGGCUUGGGCGAGCCGAGGGAGGCAGAGGCAGCCGGUGGGUUUCCCUAGCAAAAGCCACCGACAAUUAGAGGGUUGGGAAGAUGGUCCUCCCCCUC